UAAAGAUUUUUCAAAGUCCAGUCCAAUUGAUAUUGAAGAGGCAUGUGAGUCCAUUGAAAACUGUGUUGCAGAAAUUGAAAAUAUAAUUUCAAAAUCAAAUAACAGAAGUAAUUCAAUAAAUAUUCCACAGAAGCCAUUAAAAUUUUCGCCAUCAAGAGAAUAUGAAAACUUUACAACCAUAUCAGAGGAGAAAAAAAGUAAACCCAAGUCUUUCAUGAGUUCUGAUAGAUUCAUACAAACUGUUCAUACAUUUUUACCAACAGAAGGCAGUCAAAGUUUCAACACAACACCAGUUAACCACAUACCUUGUGGUGAUACUGUCAAGCAAGGAGUUUAUACAAUAGAAACUAAGCAAAAAUCCACUGAUGCUGAUAUGUGUUAUACAACUUCAACACCACACAUGUCAGUCAGGCAAAGAUCAACUUUCACUUUGAAUCAAAACAGUUCAAAUAUCAAUCAACCAUUAUCACUACAUAAUUUGACUGUACCUAACUCCAGCUGUGUAGAACAUUUAUCCGAUUCUAACUUUUCUUUGAAAAGUAAAAGCAGAUUUGAGUCCUUGUGCUUAGACAGGGAUAUUACAAACAAAGGACUUGAAUCUGAUACAGAAGAACAUGAUAGUUGUGGAUCAAAUGAAAAAUCCAAUGAAAUAUAUUCAGUAUCCAAAUUUGCAUCCAAAAAUCAAGAUCUCAGUUUUUUGUCUUAUUUUGAUGUUGCCGAAUCAGAAACUCUGGGGGUUCCUCAAACAUGUGAUAAUCAACAUAUCUGUGAUAACAAUGAAGUGCCAUUUGAUGUUUAUAUGCAAUUUAUGUGUAAAAAAGAAAAAAUAACUUAUGACAAUGAAAUAGACAGUUCAUUAAUAUGCAAUGAAACCAUGCCUGACGUGGAUGAAUUUCAACCUUUCUACAGACAAACACAGGAAUUGUUAGAAGAUAGUGGCAUUGCCACCAAUUACAAAGAAAUGGAAAUCUCAGAUGAUGAUGAUAAUGAAAUUGACAUUGAAUUCCAGAAAUUUGUUCCUUAUUUUGAGAAAAAGACAUCAGUUUCACCAUGUUUAUCUGAAGGAUUUUCACCUAUAAUAGAUACAGAGGAAUCUUCACCUAUAUUAGAAACUGAAGGAUUUUUGCCAUCUAUGGACUCAGAAGAAGACUCUCAAAACAACAGUGAACCACAUUUGGAGAAAACUAAGGCAUUAGAAGAACCACAGAGUUGGAAAAAUGCUUGCUCUAGUGACUACGACAUUAUAACAGAUCAAACAUCUAGUAUAAUCAAAAGUAUGGAAGUGAAGAGUAGACUUACUGAAAAAUCAGAAGAUUUGAUGGAACAUGAAAUGCCAUCAGUUUAUAUGCCAAAGAGGUUGUUCUUAUUAGACACUGAAAAAACAUCAACUCCAGCAAGUAAAAACUACUCAUUAUUAGAAAAUAAUAUCAUUCAUAAAGAAUAUUCAGGGACAAAUUUUGAAGGCAGUUAUUAUUUAUCUAAUGAGAUAUUGUCAAAGUCAGAUUCAACAAGUUGUUACUACAAGCCCCAGAACAGUUCAUCUAAUGCACAUUCUAUCACUGAAAACACACCUUUGGUUUCUCAGAGUUCUGAUGAAAUGUUUGACUCUAAUGCUAACAACAGCCAAAAAAUUCCAAACAAACAUUGCAGCAAAACUGAUCCUACUAGUACAAGUAUGUCAGAAACCGAUGAAAUACUCGGAGAAGUGUCAGAUACAUAUAAUGGUAGCAAAGAUGUCAAUAUUGGUGAAAAAAAAAUCAUUAACCAUUCACCUUCUCUGUCAUCAACAGUGAGAACAGAUGCAGAACUAUUUUCUCCUGAAGGAGACAUUGAAUUGAAAGAAGUUGAAACCCAAGUAACAACAAUUGACAAUAAUACAACAAGUUUAAUUACUACACCAUGUUCUAAAGCUAAAAGUAUCACCAUGGAUGAUUGCUUUUCUCCUGACGGUGAUUCAGAACUUAGAAAUGUACAGUUGGAUUGUAAAACCUGGAUAGAAAUGACAGAUCCUACAUCUGGAACUAAAUUGUAUGUCAAUACAAGAAGUGGACACAGUGUUAAAUCAACAGAAUGGACACCUCCAGAGGACAGCAUCGAACAUCAAACAGAUGAUCAAUUCACACCUGUACAAAAAGGAAGAAAUUUUCCAGAUUUAUCUCCGGAAUCCAGUAAAUCUUUAAGGAGUUUAAUGGAUCAACAUUUAUCUAAGGAUGAUGAUGAUCUAGGCUCUGUGAAGUGGAAAAAUGCAGACCAAAUUAACAAUGAAACACAAAAAGUAGAGGAUCUGUUUAAAGAAUGGGAAAAUCCUGUUUUUAAUAUGCCAGCAAAGAGCAUGCCAACAACACAGAUAAGUCACAUGACAAGAGCCAGUACCAAAGCUCAUCAAGCAUUGAAUCCAUGUGUCUUUGAUAAAGAUAUGUUACAGAAUUUUAAGGUACUUGGACAGGUUGAUAACAAGUUUAUUGCAUGUUCAUUGCAAAUUGGAGAAAACAACUCUAGUGAUAAUGAAAUGCUGUGUUUGAUUGACCAACAUGCAGCUCAUGAAAGGAUUCGACUUGAAACUUUAACCAAAGAGGCCUAUGCCUAUGAUGUGAAGGAUGGUGAAAAAAUUAUAUGCUGUACAGAACUUGUAUCAGAUGAAGAAUUGACCUUUCCAGAAGAGGUUAUUAGAGUCAUCACAUCAUUUGCAGAAGAAUUUAGGAGAAUAGGCAUAAGAUUUUCAUCUGAUAAGAAGAAACGAGAUAGGAUCAUUCUGCAUACAGUUCCCUCAUGUUUUGCACAGAAGGAUCUUAGUAGUGGGAAGAUGAAAAAAGAGACAUCUGCAAUAAAAGCUGCAGAGGCUUUAAUAAAAGAAUAUGCUGAGGUUUUACAAGAUACCAGAGGUUCAAGAGGAAGAAUGCCAAACACGAUACAUAAAGCACUCUGUUCACAAGCUUGUCAUGGAGCCAUUAAAUUUGGAGAUUCUUUGACCUUACCAGAGUGUGAGGAACUUUUGAAGUUAUUGACUAAAUGUAAACUGCCUUUCCAAUGUGCCCAUGGUAGACCAUCUGUUGUUCCUUUGAUUCAGCUUGGAGAUAGACAUCAGGAAAGGAAAAGACCAAAUUUAUGGAAGGUGGCUAAGCAUUUGCAGAAGUGAUGAAAAUGUUACAGACUCAAGAUAAGACAAGACCAAAAUGUACACUUGUUACCUGUUUUAGUCUCAUGAUGUUCAGAUCCAUUAUCAAUAUUUUUCAUCAUGUGAUUGCUAUAAAAAAAAAAGCCCUUCUCUUGCAGUUUCCAACAUUGAUAAAUAUGUGAUUUUUAUUAAAGCUAUGGAACUAGGUAAAAAAUAUCCACUAAAAUUUUUCUCUAAUUUUUAUCAUAAAAGAUAAUUUCUUUGUUUAUUAAGAUAUAAUUUGAAUGAUGUGAAAUUGAAUAUAACAGAGUUAAAAGGCUCUUUUUUAGGAAACUCUGUUUACAGACUUUGGAUAAUUGGUUCAAAAUUCUGCAGUUUGUCCAUUUCAAGGCUGUCAACUGGAAUUUCAGAAACAUACAAUUCAUAUUCAGCAUUUUCUGGAUUUUCCUUCAACAUGUUAUUGUGUUGACACAAUAAACCAGAUACAGUUCAAACACAAUAUCUACUUGAAUAUUUUGUAAUGGUUCUUAGGGGUGAGAUAUGUAUGGUUUAAAUAUAAAGAUAUAGAUUUGAUAUUUGGUAUCAUUUUUUCAUGACAAGUUUCAGAUCAAGUUCGAAUUUUGUCCCGAUCUGAAGACUUUGUGCAGAGUUAUGGUCCUUGGACUUAGAAAAUUCACUCAAAUAAUCAGUUUUCCACACUUUUUUUCGUCAUGCUUGAAGAUAUUGAUUUGAUAAUUGGUAUAUAGUUUUAUCAUGACAAGUUACAGAUCAAGUUCGAAUCUUGUACCGGUCUGAUGAUUUUGUGCAGAGUUAUGGUCCUUGGACUUAAAAAAUUCACUCAAAUAAUCAAGUUUUCCACACUUUUUUUCAUCAUUCUUGAAGAUAUUGACUUGAUAUUUGUUAUAUAGUUUACACCAUUUUUUCAUAAUUUUUUUUUUUUUUUUUACCCAAAAUUUUUCCAUCUUUACAUUGAUUAUUUCUGAUUUAUAAAUAAAAGCAACAAAUACUGAUAUGGCAGGAGAUACACACCAAACAGGGUGUGUAAAUUAUUAUAUAACAGAUUAACUAAGUAUUGUGCAACAGCACAGUAUUGCGCAAUAGCACAGUUUUGCGCAAUAGCACAGUAUUGCGCAAUAGCAAGAAAUCUUCAAUUGAAAAUAAAUUCAAAUCUUUUAACCAAUUUCAGUGGGAUUAAUUUAAAGUCUUUAAUUUUUUGGGGUUCUAACCUUGUAUUACUAUUUUGGAUAUUGGGCCCCAUUUUUAAAUUGGUCUACAUUUGGUCCAAAGGGUCAAAAAUUAAACUUUUGUUUGAUUUCAUCAAAAACUGAAUUAUUGUGGCUCUAUGAUAUGCUGAAUCUUAUUGUGCAUUUAGAUUUUUUAUUAUGGGCCCUGUUUUCAAAUUAGUCCAUAUUAAGGUUUGAAGUGUCCAAAAUUAAACUGUGUUAUUUCAACUAAAAUUAAAUUUUUGGUGUUUUUUUUAUAAACAUGUUGUUAGAUUUUGGGUAUCAGACCAUACUAGGUAAAUUAAAUGUCCCAUUUCUAAUUUUUAAGAUUUUUGGCCGCAUUUAUUUUGUAUCAGAAACCUAUAUUAUUUCCAAAAUUUGAUCACAAUCCAAAUUCAGACAAUAUCAAGCUUGAAUAUUGUGUCCAAACUUACCCCAACUGUUCAGGGUUUGACUUCUGCGGUCGUAUCAGUCUGCACUCGGCGAAGCAUUUUAUUUAUAGUGUUUUGAGUCUUUCAUCAAUGUUUUGUAGCAACUGGUAGUGUAAAUUUCUACAAUUCGUUUUGAUUUUGUAAAAAUGAGUGAUCAGGGAAAUUAAACAAACAUUAAUUUCUUGUGUAAUGAGAACUUUAAUAAUUACAAAUUAAAAUACUUUUAUAUUUUUUGAUGAGAAACACUUAAUCGAAAACACUUUUUUUCCAGAUUUUUUUUUAAUUUUUGAGUGCAGAAACAUUGUAUCAGAAAUUAAACUCUUUGAGAUAGUUAUAAAAGAUGAACACAUUGUAGCUAUACUAAAUAAUAAUAAGUAUAGAUGAGACAGUGGCGGAUCCAGAAAUUUUUAUAAGGGGGGCCCACUGACUGCCUAAGAGGGGCCCGCUCCAGUCAUGCUUCAAUCAUUCCCUAUAUAAUCAACCAAAUUUUUUCCACAAAAGGGUGGGCCGGGCACUCUGCCCCCUUCCCCCCCCCCCUUUUUUUUUAAAUCCGCCUCUGUGAGAGUUUCUAUUAUUUAAGGAAUUGAAAAUGACACUAACCAUGUAAAUUGUAAACAGAAGCAUCUUAUGUCUUCAUUUAUAGUAACAAAUGAGUCAUUCAUUUGUAGUAAAUGUUAUAGAAAUAUAUUCACUUUGCUAACAAUUAUUAUGGCUCACCUAUGAUAAUUAAGGGGCAUUAUGUUUUCCAGUCUGCACAUUCCAUCUGCUAGUCCCGUAUCAGGGUAAAGCUUUGGUUAGAGGUAUUUUCAAUUGUUCAUUGUCAUAUCAACUUGAAACUUAGUUCACAUGUUCAUUAUGAAGGAAACUAUUGAAAAUAUAUGCUAAAAUUAAGGUUUUGACCUAGGUUUCACUGUUCAAUGAGCAAAAGUUGUAUUUUGCUUUAUAAUUUUACUUAUUAUACGACCGCAAAAAUUAAAAAUUUUUUGGUCGUAUAUUGGUAUGACGUUGGCGUCGUCGUCGUCGUCGUCGUCGUCGUUGUCGUCGUCGUUGUCGUCGUCCGGCGUCGUCCGGCGUCGUCCGAAGACACAUUGGUUUUCGCACUCUAACUUUAGUUUAAGUGAAUGGAUCUCCAUGAAAUUUCACCAUAAGGUUCAAUACCACGAAAGGAAGGUUGGGAUUGAUUUUGGGGGUUAUGGUACCAACAGUUAAGGAAUUAGGGGCCAAAAAGGGGCCAAAAAUAAGCAUUUUUGUAACUUUCAGACAAUAACUUGUGUGUAAGUGUAUGGAUCUCUCUGACAUUGUACCACAAGGUUCCAUAUCACAAAGGGAAGGCUGUAAUUGAUUUUGGGGGUAAUUGCCUCAAAAUUUUAGGAAUUAGGGGCCAAAAAGGGGGCAAAAAACAAGCAUUUUUCUAGUUUCAUGACAAUAACUUGUGUGUAAGUGUUUGGAUAUUUCUGAAAUUGUACUACAAGGUUCCAUAUCACAAAGGGAAGGCUGGAAUUGAGUUUGGGGGUAAUUGCCCGAAACGUUUAGGAAUUGGGGGCCAAAAAGGGGCCAAAAAUAAGCAUUUUUCUAGUUUCCAGACAAUAACUUGUGUUCAAGUGUAUGGAUCUCUCUGAAAUUGUACUGCAAGGUACCAUACCACAAAGGGAAGGCUGGGAUUGAGUUUAGGGGUGAUGAAUCAUAAGGGGGUUCAAAAAAUUUGGGGGGGGGGAUUUUUUUUUUUUUUUUUUUCUUUUUUUCCUUUUUUUUUUUCUUUUAAAAUUUUCCAUUUUAAGUUGGUUAUUUCUGAUUUAUAUUUAAAAGCAAAUAAUAAUGAUAUGGUAGGAGAUACACACCAAACAGGAUGUGUAAAUUAUUAUAUAAUAAGUAUUGUGCAAUAGCAAGAAAUUUUCAAUUGCACAGUAUUGCACAAUAGCAAGAAAUCUUCAAUUGCACAGUAUUGCGCAAUAGCAAGAAAUCUUCAAUUGCACAGUAUUGCGCAAUAGCAAGAAAUAUCCAAUAGCACAAUAUUGCGCAAUAGCAAGAAAUUGUCAAUUGUACAGUAUUGCGCAAUAGCAAGAAAUAUUCAAUUGCACAGUAUUGUGCAAAAGAAGAUACUUCGUAUAAAUUGCUUGUUUCUUGAUCAAUUUCAAUGGGGUUUUAUUCUUGAAUUCUUGGGGUUCUUUAAUAUGCUGAAUCUAACCGUGUAUUAAGUUUUUGGAUUUUGGGCCCCGUUUUUAAAUUGGUCCACAUUGAGGUCCAAAGGGUCCAAAAUUUAACUUUGUUUGAUUUCAUCAAAAAUUGAAUUAUUGGGGUUCUUUGAUAUGCCGAAUCUAACCGUGUAUUUAGAUUUUUAAUUUUUGGUCCCAUUUUUUAAAUUGGUCUACAUUAAGGUCCAAAGGGUCCAAAAUUAAACUUAGUUUGAUUUUAACAAAAAUUGGAUUCUUGGGGUUCUUUGAUAUGCUGAAUCUAAACAUGUGUUUAGAUUUUUGAUUAUGGGCCCAGUUUUCAAGUUGGUCCAAGUUGGGUCCAAAAUUAAACUUUGUUUGAUUUUAACAAAAAUUGGAUUCUUGGGGUUCUUUGAUAUGCUGAAUCUAAACAUGUGUUUAGAUUUUUGAUUAUGGGCCCAGUUUUCAAGUUGGUCCAAGUUGGGUCCAAAAUUAAACUUUGUUUGAUUUCAACAAAAAUUGAAUAUAUGGGGUUCUUUGAUAUGCUGAAUCUUACCAUGUAUUUAGAUUUUUUAUUUGUGGGCCCGCUAUCAAAUUGGUUCAUAUUGAGGUCAAAAGGGUCCAAAAUUAAACUUUGUUUGAUUUCAUCAAAAAUUGAAUUAUUUGGGUUCUUUGAUAUGCCAAAUCUAACCGUGUAUUUAGAUUUUUAAUUUUGGGUCCUGUUUUUUUAAAUUGGUCUACAUUAAGGUCCAAAGGGUCCAAAAUUAAACUUAGUUUGAUUUUAACAAAAAUUGAAUUUUUGAGGUUCUUUGAUAUGCUGAAUCUAAACAUGUGUUUAGAUUUUUGAUUAUGAGACCAGUUUUCAAGUUGGUCCAAGUUGGGGCCCAAAUUAAACUUUGUUUGAUUUCAACAAAAAUUGAAUAUAUGGGGUUCUUUGAUAUGCUGAAUCUAAACAUGUAUUUAGAUUUUUGGCCCAGUUUUCAAGUUGGUCCAAAUUGGGGUCCAAAAUUAAACUUUGUUUGAUUUCAACAAAAAUUGAAUAUAUGGGGUUCUUUAAUAUGCUGAAUCUUACCAUGUAUUUAGAUUUUUUAUUUGUGGGCCCGCUAUCAAAUUGGUUGAUAUUGAGGUCAAAAGGGUCCAAAAUUAAACUUUGUUUGAUUUCAUCAAAAAUUUAAUUAUUGGGGUUCUUUGAUAUGCCAAAUCUAACCGUGUUUUUAGAUUUUUAAUUUUGGGUCCCGUUUUUUAAAUUUGUCUACAUUAAGGUCCAAAGGGUCCAAAAUUAAACUUAGUUUGAUUUUAACAAAAAUUGAAUUCUUCGGGUACUUUGAUAUGCUGAAUCUAAACAUGUGUUUAGAUUUUUGAUUAUGGGACCAGUUUUCAAGUUUGUCCAAGUUGGGGUCCAAAAUUAAACUUUGUUUGAUUUCAACAAAAAUUGAAUAUAUGGGGUUCUUUGAUAUGCUGAAUCUAACCAUGUAUUUUGAUUUUGGACAUUGGACCAUAAUAGGUAAAUUAAAAAAAUUGAAGUUCUUAGACCACAUUCUUUCUGUGUCAGAAACCUAUGCUGUGUCAAAUAUUUAAUCACAAUCCAAAUUCAGAGCUGUAUCAAGCUUGAAUGUUGUGUCCAUACUUGCCCCAACUGUUCAGGGUUCGACCUCUGCGGUCGUAUCAAGCUGCGCCCAGCGAAGCAUUUUAUUUUUGCAAAUAAAACAACACCAUUUAGCCCAAAAAGAAAUUGAAAAUUGUUAAUGAACCUGCUAAGCCAUUUUGUUACAAACUUGGUUGAUGUGGUCAAUGAAAGGUACUAUUAAUUUUUCUUGUUUCUUGUAUAUUUACUUACCAAGAUGGCAGUUGUAGUAAAGAGAAUACAAUUCAUGAGAUUGCUUCAAAUUAUAUGUCAAAGUUUGGAAAAGUAUGAAGUAUUAUUUUUCUAUUCAUCAAGAAUUUUCCAUAAUUUAAUAAAGGUAUACAGAGUAAGUUUAGUUUUGAGACUGAUGAGUAAUACAGACUCACUUAACUUUGAUAUUUCAUGAUGAAAAGGUGUAUUAAACAAGAGUAUGCUGGUUAUAUUGUAAGAAUAUUACCUCAAAUAUAUCUGUGAUAAUUAACUGUGAUAUUUUAUUGUUUAAUAAAAACAAAAUUCUA